AUGACACGUCGACAAACUUCUCUCGCUCUCUUCGAUUUCUCCUCGACCUUGAUGCUCUUCGAGGUGCCCGGCUGGUCAGUCGGCGAGCCGGCGGAUGUAGGCGAUAAGCAGAAGAAGCGAAAGCGCCCCAAAGGAUCGCUUGCCAACGCUACCCUAGCAGACGCAGCCUCCUCGACCGCGACGCUGAACGUCGAAGCCUCUCUGGCGAAUCUCAAGCGUCAGGCCAAGCCUUCAGAUGCCCCAACGCAGUCUGAGCACUCGACAAGCAAGCGAAACAAGCGUAGGAAGCGAAAUGCUGAGCGGCAAGCCGCCGAAGACGCGACUCAGUCAUCCAAAGAGCCGUCCUUGCCUACAGAUGCAAAACUUGGCCCGCCCGCGAAUGGCGGCUCCUCUCUGCCUCAGAAGCCAGCCAGACCUGCAAAAGCAGUGUUCUCACCAUCUGCGCUAAGCGAGUCGCUGCAGUCAAAGCUAGGCGGCGCCCGCUUUCGCUGGAUCAAUGAGCAACUCUACACCACCACAGGCGAUGCUGCGCUAUCGCUCGUGCAAGAUGAUCCGUCGCUCUUUGAUGAGUAUCACGUCGGGUUCAGGUCACAGGCAUCAUCUUGGCCGACCAAUCCCCUCGAUCUCAUACUAGCAAAAGUACGCAGCGCCUCGAAGCCAUACGUCAUCGCAGACUUGGGCUGCGGCGAUGCGCGACUAGCGCAGACGCUCGUUCCGCAGGGCUACACCGUCUUGUCGUUUGACCUCGUUGAUCGGCACCAGUCCGGUUGGAUCAUACAAGCUCAAUGCAAUGGUCAUGUGCCUCUGCCUGGCGCACGAGACACGCCAGGAGCACAGAUUGUCGAUGCUGUCGUCUGCUGCCUCAGUCUGAUGGGCACAGAUUGGAUCAAGAGCGUCACGGAAGCCUCGAGGAUACUCAAGCAAGGCGGUCUGUUUCACAUGGCAGAAGUCGUCUCGCGCUUUACAGACGUAAAGGCCUUUCUGCGGCUUGUUCAACAAGCUGGAUUUACGCUGUCGAAGACUGACAAAAGCAACACUCACUUUAUCUUGUUCGAAUUUCGAAAGACCGGCAGGGCUACAGAGAAUGAAGACGACUUGAUGAAGCUCUCUUCAGACCUGCUGAAACCGUGCGUGUACAAGAAGAGGUGA